GCUGGCCAAUCAGGAAAGGGAAUGUUAGGAAGCCGUCGAGGCUUGCGCACUGGGCUACCUGGUUCACGCGUUUUGCUGUGGAGGUCAUAUGUUGUGCCUAGGAAAAGGGCUCCUGAGAUACCAGCAUGGCGAGAGUGUUUGAAGCUAUCGGGAAGCUCGGCCUGGGACUGGCCAUCGCAGGGGGGGUGGUGAACUCCGCCCUAUAUAAUGUGGACGCUGGCCACAGGGCGGUCAUCUUCGACCGUUUCCGUGGCGUGCAGGACAUAGUGGUGGGAGAGGGCACCCACUUCCUCGUCCCGUGGGUUCAGAAGCCCAUCAUCUUCGACUGCCGGUCACGCCCCCGCAACGUGCCCGUCAUCACAGGCAGCAAAGACCUGCAGAACGUCAACAUCACCCUGAGAAUCCUCUUCAGGCCAGUGGCCAGCCAGCUGCCCCGCAUCUUCACCAGCAUCGGGGAGGACUACGACGAAAGGGUUCUGCCCUCCAUCACCACCGAGGUGCUCAAGUCCGUGGUGGCACGGUUCGAUGCUGGAGAGCUGAUCACGCAGCGAGAGAUGGUGUCGCGGCAGGUCAGCGAGGACCUUAUCGAGAGAGCCUCCACCUUCGGCCUGAUUCUGGACGACGUCUCACUGACGCACCUGACCUUUGGUAAGGAGUUCACAGAGGCUGUAGAGAUGAAGCAGGUGGCUCAGCAGGAGGCAGAACGGGCUCGCUUCGUCGUGGAAAAGGCGGAGCAGCAGAAGCAGGCGGCCAUCAUCUCCGCCGAGGGCGACUCCCAGGCUGCCCUGCUGAUCGCCAACUCCCUGUCCAUUGCCGGCGACGGGCUGGUCGAGCUCCGCAAGCUGGAGGCCGCCGAGGACAUCGCCUUCCAGCUGUCCCGCUCCCGAAACAUCACCUACCUGCCCUCCGGACAGGGCACCCUGCUGCAGCUGCCCCAGUGACCCCUGACCGGGGCAGGACUGUAGCCUGGUGCCCAGGGCCGAUCCCUCUGUGUGUGUACGUGCGUGUGACGACAAGAGCUGAAAGAGCCCAGAGACCCUCCAGGGACCGGUGACGUUAUUAUUUGAGCCCACCCCUGUAGAGAAAUUCAUUUCAAUCACAUUUCCCUGUGCAGGCUGUCGUUCCUGAAGUCAGUCACUUGUCAGCUUUGGGCAGCAGCCUCUGGUCUUGACUGGGAUUAAAUUUUGUUGAAGGUGAGACUGUGUCAUCUUGUUUGCACCCUGGUUCAGAUUGUCCGCUGGCGUUUCCUCAUGCCUAGCAACUUUCUGUGGUCCAGUGAAAUGUUUCAUUUUGGUAUCUCGGUCCGAGGUGACCACGAUCUCAUCCGUCUCGUUCCUCCAGUGCAGUACUUCAGUGCCGACAGUCUUUGUGAUUAUGCUUAUACAGACACUUACGUUCACUCCUGUUUUUAUCUAUCGAGUAGCUAAGGGUAUAUUUUGGAGGGGUCUGCAGAAUGGUCGACACCUCUGUCAGGUAGCGUCCAUAUUGAAUGAAGUUUUACCUCGGACUAGCCCCCUUUCCUACUAUUGUGUUGUUCAGCUUGUCCUUUCUUGAGUGUCAUCAGUGGGCUCUGCACACCCUUCUCUGGUAUCAAGCUGCAGUUUCGAUGCUCUGGGUGGUCCUGCCCAUUGCUGGCUGAUGAAUUAUUUACCUGAACUUCCUGAAUAUGAAUAUGUGCACCUGUGGUAAGGCCUCAUGAUCGCGAAAUGCGUUGAUCCCAGUCAAGCAUCAUCUUGUUCGUCACAAGCAGCUCUGUGUGAGUUGUUGUAGAAGGGAAAACAGCCUGUUACGAGUUUCAUCUUUCAGUAAAGAAACACCCGAGGAUUGUAGACAGACAAGUCUUCAGUUGUUCCACCAGGUCUCUGUUAGCCAAAUAAAACUAUUUCUAAUACAAUGUGAACUUCA